CCAUAUUCUAGAAUCUAAUAUGUUGCGGCUUUCCUUCUGCUAAGUUGUAUUCGGUCACGGAGACCCCGCGUACCCCGGUCUAUUUUCAUGCAACCCUGUCGAUUUGUCGGGUCCGUGUUCCAAUACAGCCCAAGUUUUUAAGGGGACCUUGCCCGAUCCCGUUUUACGAUUGGCUAUGCUGCAUGAACCAAAGAUUCUUGUUACCUGGAAACGAGCAAGGAUUAAUAGUCCUAUCCUCGAUCUGCUUGUGAUCCUGGAACUUAUUCAUAUCUAACCUAGGUAUGUCCCGUUGUUCCUGAUAUUGCUCUUCUAUCGACACCGGCCACGAUCUUCUUCCCUGAUCGUGAUACUUAACAGAGACUGUGGCGCUCAGAGAGCUUUAGUAAAUCUUGAAGUUAAGCAAUACGCAUCAUUGUUUGAACUUCCCUCGUUAAAUAUGUCUCCGAGAUACGACGAGGCGCCCGAACUGAUACCUCAGAAUUUUCCAGAGGUUCAUCAGCCAUCUGCAGCACCAGAAGUGGCCAAUACAUAUGGACAACAUACGUCGGCAACUCCUGUAAAGCCUGAAGAGUCGGCAGGAUAUACAGGUUUUGCGCCAGUUGAGCAUCCGCCACCUUCGUCGUUUACGUAUGACUAUCAAACCGGGUAUGGUCCUACACUACCAUCUGAGCACGGCAGAGCACGACAACGAAUACUAGGAUGCUCAGUGCUAGUGUUUAUUCUAUCCAUUAUCAUUGCCCUUUUAUCGACAGCCGUCAUCGGCUUAGCGGCUGGAACUGGAGUCGAAGCAAGCCGAGCGAACGACGCGGAGGCGCGUUUGGCUGCACUUAGUGCCUCACCGACGACUGUUACUGUGACAGCACCAGGGCCAACAUCAUCCGACUUCAGCGCGAUUGAUAAAGGAUGCUCUACAAAUUCAGCGGGAGUGACGGGAACCGACUACGAAUCUCAAUUUUAUAAUAAUCCUAGUUUCAAGAUAUACUGCAACAGUGACGCUCCAAACAACCCACUCUCUUCUCUCUUCGUGGGCAAUUUUGACGACUGCAUUGACGCCUGCGCUUCUUAUUCUUUCUACAUACCUUCGCACUUCCCCAGUAAUUCCACGUCUGGAAAUGCGACCUGUGCCGGGGUCAGCUUUAUUCCUGCUUGGACUAAUCGCACAUUCGCAUUCGACGGAGGCGCGCCGGGCAAUUGCUACCUUAAACCUGGGCCGCAAAAUCAAACAGCGUUGAAUAACCCUAACAUAGGGGGCUCUGCUGUUCAUGCAGCGAUUCUAGAUACGCAAUCCUAAUAACGACAUAUUGACCUAUCGAUUUACCAUUUACUGUUAUGCAUUAGGUUUAACAUGAGGCAAUAAGGCAUGUCCUUAACAUGAUACCAUGGCGCAGGAGUUGGGUGUUCACAUUGGAGGCCUUCUGACACGAGAAAAUAUAUUUAGUGCACUGCCCUACGUGGCUUUGGGGGUGGAGUUCUACAGUUCUUGAGCCCAGGAGUUAUUGGGGGUUUUGAAUUACAAUAGGUACUCGAGAUUUGAUAGUAAAAAGAUCUAAGGCAUAUAAUACCUUUCGACUAGGAUAUAGAAGAAAAAAGGCCCCCAAAAUCAUGAAAUAUUCCUGGACUUCUUCCGUAGGGUAUCCUCUAUCACUGUAACCGUCUGGGGUGAUGCUGACUGACAUCGAGCUAUAAGCUGAUUCAGCUAGUAAGCUUGUGCUGUGCCGCUGAGCGACAGCUCAGGCGGCUACGUACAUAGAUAGACUAGCUACUGUCUCAGAACACUGUCUAGAAAUGCGGAUUUGUUACAUACGGUCCCGAAAAAUGUUAGCCGAAGACUGCCAAUGACAUUCCAUAGGCAACAUGUAUCUAAAAAUGAGUAGCGGGAGGUAGUGGGAUAUCACAUAUUCUAUCUGGUAAUACUUUUAAGAUAGAAGAUGCUGCCAGGGCCACGAACCGCGCCACCAUCC